AUGCCUGCUACCUUUUCAUAUAAUAACAGACUAUACACAUAUGGAGGCCAGGUACCUGAAAGUUCAUCGUCAAAUACUUUCUCUUUUAUAUCUCUGUCCACCGAAGAAGAUUCAAAAGGUCAACUUAUAUACGAGACAGUCCUACAGAAUAACCCCGGUCCAUCAUGCUCUUACUCUCAGGCUGUAGUUCUUCAAGACAACCACACAGCACUACUUUUCACUGGAAUCGACGAUAAUAAACAGAACGAUAACGAAACAAUUCGCACUUACAUAUACGAUCUCCAAAGUCAAGGUGGUUCUUGGAAAGAGAUAUUCACGGCUAUCGAUGCACCUGGGCCAAAUUUACGCACAUAUUUUACAGCAACACUGGCACCCAAUGGAAAAGCUUAUAUUUAUGGCGGAGGUUCUAUUAACCUUGCGAGUUCUUUUAAUGACUUGUGGGUGUUCGAUCCAACUAGCCUUGAAUAUGUGAACCUCACUCAGUCAAGUCAAAUAUGUCGAUAUGGACACACCGCGACAGCCCUUCCAAAUGGUCAGAUUGUAUUCCUUUUUGGAUCAACUUCACAAUUUUCCGGUAGUAUUCAGACCUUAAUAAGUCCUAAUAAAGUUGACAUAUAUGACACAAAUACAAACCAAUGGAUACAUAUAAUUAAUGCUGUUGUAACGGGUUACCUUGUAGGUCCAGACAAGAAAACAAUAUUUGUAUUUGGUGGAAAAAACGGGAGCACUUCUGAAGAUACAGAGUACUACGGAGACCUUUUUUUAUUGGAUACAAAUAUAUGGAUGUGGUCAAAGCUACAAACACCUAAUGGACCCUAUUAUGGUCGUGUAGGUUCAUCAAUGGGGUUUAUUGAUACAAACUUGCUGGCGAUUGCUUAUGGAAAUUUCUCAUUCCCUUCAGCAAACGAUAUAGAUAUUCUUUAUCUUACAGACAAAAACUAUUAUCAAUCUAAUUGGAUUGGUGGGCCAGAAUACUUGUUAAGCUUUGUCCAAAAGUUACAACCUCAUGAAAGCAUGAAUGGAGGAACAAUUGCAGGAAUAACUAUUGGUGCUAUAUUGUCUGCAACAAUAAUUGGGUUCUGUAUCUGGAAAACCUUUAAAGACACUUACUACCUGCCAAAUCUGCUGUACAAUUUUAUUUGGGAGCAAAGGAGUGGAGAGCCAAUGUGGACCGAGAUAUCUCGUCUGAUAGUACAAUUUGUUUUUACAUUUUUAUUCCUGGCGUAUUUGGUAUUCUCUAUCCAACAAGCUCUUGAUAGUCCAACAACAAGUAUAACGAUGCGUGAAAAAGUAUCAUAUGUGUCAGUACCAGACAUAAGAUUUUGUAUCGAAGGACUUGAUAUGUCUGCAGAGCCGACUUCUCAAGAAUACGAUGAAUUUAAGUAUAGAAUAUCCUGUAUAACCGACAAAGGUACCCGCUGCUCCGAGUUUGUUACAAUGCUUGAUACGUCUAUACAUCUUCCUAUAUUUGAGGAUACUAUUGGAAGAUCUACGUGUUAUCUAUUCUCUCCUCCUAGCUGGCUUCACUUAGGCUAUACAGAUGAUGGAUACAGUAAUGGGACAAAGCUUCAGUUUACAUUUAAUGGGAAUAUGGAGACAUCUGUUACGAUCCGUAUCACUCAAUAUCCACCUGGAAUGGACCCUAAUAUACAAGUAUACGGACUUGAAGUGAGUAAUGUACCACUGCUUAUGACGAACCAAGCAUUUGAGGAAUGGGCUAUACGCGAUACUGAGGGAAAGAGUGAUCCAAACACAUUUACUCUUUAUACAAACGAGGCUUUGGUUAUGCAAUAUCAAAUCAAAGACCAUCAGUAUCUCGAGGAAACCGGGUGGAACAGAAUUGGCUUCUUACCUCACUAUAAACAUACACCAGAAAUAAGCUCUUUAUAUGUUAAGAACAACUUUAGCAUGGUGAGAGAGCAAUUUACAACUUUUGAUGGUGAGAUCUUUGGCUCUACCACAGUAUAUCCGAUCGACUACGUAACUAUAAUAGAGCAAGACCAAAAGAUGCACACUAUUCUGAACUCUCUUGGUUCUGUUGGUGGUAUACUCAGUCUUAUGGUUGGAAUACAAGCAUGGCUAUUUGGUUUCCGCCCAAAGUCACCUUGGGGUGUUGUUCAACGCUGGUCUCGUGGACCUAUGAAGCGGUCGCUGGGAAGAAAUCUUCAAACAAAGUUCGACACAUUGGAUACACCUGUUCCCUUUGUAAACCCCGUUAAUGUCCGAUUUGCUGACACAGAUAAAGUAUCUAACGGUCAAAUUGACGAAAGCAAAAUUAUGUUACUAGAGGAUCAAAAGGACGAAGAACUUAGGGAUUUGCGAGAUCGCCUGGGUCUAAUGGAAAAGCGAAUGCAGCUGACUGAACGUUUACUGGAGACUUAUUAUGUUAAUGAUGAAAUAUUUAAAGAGCUCGACUUGGCUAUCGAUUGUCACAAGAAAAGAUCCUCUGUAGUUACCGUAGUAGAAGAGGCUAGUUCUAAUAAUGAUACCCUAUUGCGAAGGAGAGUGACUAAUACAAAUUUAGAUUAA